AUGGCUCAAGUUGGAGUGGUUUCGGAGGUCGUGGAGGUUGUCAAGGUCAAAGAAGGAAAGAAGGGGUAUCCAUUUUGGCUGGGAGGUGUAGCGGCUUCUUUCGCCGCUUCUUGUACACAUCCGCUUGAUCUCACAAAAGUUCGAUUACAAGCUGCUGGUGAUAAAGGGAUGAUCAGUUCCAUGAGGAAGACCAUUUCGACUGCUGGCAUACGAGGAUUAUACGAUGGUCUCACUGGGACCCUGCUACGUCAGAUGACAUAUAGUAUGACAAGAUUUGCUGCUUAUGAUUGGGCCAAGGGGGUAGUUCACAAGGGACCCGGUCCUCCACCAGGAUACAAAAUGGCCUUGGCGGGCUGUAUAGCUGGUACCCUCGCUGGGAUCGUGGGUAAUCCCGCAGAAUUGAUAAUGGUUCGUAUGCAAGCGGACAAAGCGAAGCCCGUCUCUGACCGAUACAAUUAUCGGAACUCAAUCCAAGGCAUUUAUCGGAUGACGCGAGAUGAAGGGUUGGUUUCCUGGACCAGAGGGAUGGUACCGAAUGUAUAUCGAUCGAUCUUCACAAAUAUGUCUCAGUUGGCUUCAUACGACUACUUCAAACGUGAACUGUCUCAUCGAGGGAUUCUUCCUGAAGGACCAUUCUUGCAUUUCUUCGCUUCCCUGGGAGCUGGCACGGUAGCGACCACGGUAUGUUCACCGGUGGACGUACUAAAGUCGAGGAUCAUGAAUGCUCAUGGAGCUGGGACAACGAGUAUGAUGGAGGUAAUCAGAACUUCGUUGGCCAAGGAAGGUCCGAUGUUUGUGUUCAAAGGUUGGGUACCAGCGUGGACGAGAUUACAACCCACGACGAUCUUAAUCUUCCUGACAUUGGAACAAAUGAGAAAAGCUGUAGAUGGGUAUCGUUCUUCCGGGGGAAAAUAUCUCUAG